UUCGUCGCGCGCCGUGAGUUGUUUUGGUGGGUGUCAUUUUCGCGUCAUGUGCUGCUAUAGUGAAAGAACGGCUGCUUCUUGACUCUCCGACUUUCGUGCACGCACCUUAGACUGUGUUGUUUGUCACAAAUAGCCGGAACCAUCACCGAACAUGCCGAAGAAGAAGGAAGGCGGCGGACAAACGUGCUGUGUUCCUGGAUGUGAUAACAACACGCGGAAGACACCGUACGUUUCGUUUCAUUGCUUUCCGAAGGACAAUGCUCUUAGAAAAGAAUGGAUUAGGAGAAUUAAUCGCCGAGGCACCGCAGGGCGGUUUUCUUUGUGGCAGCCGUCGAAGCACCACAAGAUAUGCGGAGCUCAUUUUAAUCGGACAGGACGGAAACAGUACAUGGAUCGCUAUCCUACUAUCUUUCCGCAUCGAACGUACGCGGAAAGAGGACUGCCCGUAAAAGCCGCAUCUGCCAAACGUCGAAAAAGAGCGCGCAGUGGAGGAGCUACCAACGUCAUUUUAGAGGAGGAACAGGCCAUAGGCAGCAUGGUCGAAAUCUGGACCACGCAAGAGGACUCAUCAACUUGUGCUCUGCCAUGCUCGUCGGCUGCCCUUCCUACAAGUAGCGGAUCACCUGAGCGCCUUGAAGUCAUGGGUGCAGAGCCACAGCAUGAGAAAGAGUGGGACCACAAAUACGCCGUCGGGCCAGUAUCUGAGGCUGCUGUUCUCUACAAGGCAAGAGUCGAAAUACUGCUUACUACCUGCAGAGAGCUUCAGGAGAAAAAUGACAAGCUUCAGAAGGAAAACAGCCACCUUGCAGCUAAUUUAACAGAGUUGGAAAGCAGGCUUCACAAUGAAAAGCUGCAGCGGGCACAAGAAAAAGUGAGCACUACCAAAGGAACCACAAGUUUUGAAGAAGUAUUUAAGGAUGAAAGAUGGCUGCAGUUUUAUACUGGUUUCACUUCACUGCCACGAUUUGAGUUCUUUGUGCAGUUUAUAGAAGCUAAGCAUGCAGUAACAAAGACAUCAAAUACUGGUCGACGAACCCUCCUCAGUGUGAGAGAACAGCUUCUUCUCAUUCUAUGCAGACUUCGAGUAGGAUUGCUAGAGGAAGAUUUGGCAUACCGCUUUGGUGUAAGCUCAUCUACUAUAAGUAAUCUGUUUUCAUAUUGGGUAGAUUUUCUGCAUGACAUUCUUGUUCAGAUUACAAUCUGGCCGUCACGUCAAACAGUGUCCAUUAACAUGCCAGAAUCCUUCAAGGCACUGUACCCGUCAACGAGGGUGAUACUUGAUUGCACAGAACUGUUUAUAGAAGCUCCUUCCGAUUAUAGUGUCCAAGGUGAUACAUUUAGCACCUACAAAAGCCACAACACUGCCAAGGGACUGAUUGGAAUUGCACCAAAUGGUUUCAUUUCAUUUGUGUCCGACUUAUCACCAGGUCGCAUAUCCGACAGAGAAAUAACACGGCAAAGUGGAUUGUAUAACCUUCUGGAGCCCGGUGAUAGCGUUAUGGCAGACAGGGGAUUUCUUAUCAGACAAGAUCUAGAAGAACUUGGAGUAUCGUUGAACAUACCACCCAUGAUGAAUGGUAGGAAACAGUUGUCAGCUAGUGAUGAGAAGAAAACAAGAAGCAUUGCAAACCUCAGGAUCCAUGUGGAACGUGUAAUCCGAGAGGUAAAGAAGUAUAGGAUACUUCACGGCGUUUUUCCUAAUGCCAUGGCAUGCAAGCUUAACAAAAUUUGGAAGAUUUGCUGCUAUCUAAACCAUUUCACUCAUGAGCCUUUGCUUGAUCGUCAGUGCAGUGUGGUACGGGAAUGAGGUGCACACUAGUUGCACUACAUUUUAUAUGCCAUCGGACAUAAACAGACAAUCUUAAAUAUCUAAUAAUAAUAAUUUCUGGUAGUACAGUGGUCGCAGUGCUCGGUGCCUGAUCUUUUAAGGUCAGGAGCCGUGAACACAACCACUGUACCACCAUGGCAACUCUUACGUAUCUGUAGCCCAAUGCUUGGUUUCUAUUAUCACCCAGACUUAAGCGUGGAGCCUACUUUCAACAUGAGAGAUAACCUGUGUGUGAGAACAGUCAUUGUCUUGGCAGAAUGUUCUGGCUCUUCACUGUUCUUCACAUCUGCAUUCAUCAGUGCAUAAUAGGAAGCAUGCUUCUUCAUUGCUGGAUGAUACUUCAGGAUAUGCAUUUUUGUGUAUGCUGUAGCUAAUUUUGACCUUUGUUGAGAUGUUUGUGUUCUCAUUCACUGUGAUUAUGGGACUGAUUUUAUACAUGAAGCACGUCAUGUUAUUAUGUGAGUGAACUUAUU